UGUUUUCCACGCGAUCUGUAACAAAACAAAAACAACUCAUCUCACAUUAAAGGGCUGCUCCAGAACCUGCAAGAAUCAUAAGGGGAAAAGUGGUUAUCAUAGCAAAAAUUUGCUGUAUUAAGUGAAACCAAUAGAAUAUCUUUCCAUCUAUAAUGAGCAAAUUGGAAGUAGGCGAAGCGAAAGCUGCAGAUCCACAGGAACCGGUAACCCGGAAAGGAUAUUUAAUUUCAUUAAAAACUGGAGAACGGACAGAAAUCCGUGAGCGAGAUGUUCACGGACGUUGCAGGGCUGUAACAGAAUUCGAGAAGCUUAAUCGAAUUGGCGAGGGUACCUACGGCAUUGUUUAUCGUGCUAGAGAUAAACGGACCAAUCAAAUUGUUGCUCUGAAAAAAGUGCGAAUGGAUCAGGAAAAAGAUGGACUUCCUGUUAGUGGAUUACGGGAAAUUACAAUUCUAAAGAAAUGUAAACAUGAUAAUAUUGUCAAUUUAAUUGAUGUAGUAGUUGGUAAGAGCUUGGAAAGUAUUUUCCUCGUUAUGGAAUAUUGCGAACAAGAUUUGGCAUCUCUUUUAGACAAUAUGUCUCAGCCUUUCUCUGAAUCAGAAGUCAAAUGUAUAGUACUGCAAGUUCUUCAAGGACUUAAAUAUAUACAUUCGCGCUUUAUAAUACAUAGAGAUUUAAAAGUAUCAAACUUGUUAAUGACUGAUAAAGGCUGCGUCAAAAUAGCUGAUUUUGGACUAGCCCGUCUAUUUGGUUUGCCAUCGGGACCAAUGACUCCUCAGGUUGUUACAUUGUGGUACCGAUCUCCAGAAUUACUUUUAGGAUCUCCCACACAAACAACAGCUGUUGAUAUGUGGGCAGUUGGUUGUAUUUUUGGAGAACUUUUAUCUCACAAACCACUUCUGCCGGGUAACACAGAAAUCGCACAGCUAGAGCUAAUAAUUGACUUAUUAGGCACACCAUCAGAAACAAUAUGGCCAGAUUAUACGAAAAUGCCUGCCAUUCAAAAUUUCACGCUCAAAAAGCAGCCAUACAACAAUUUGAAGCCUAAAUUCCCUUAUUUAUCCGCUGCAGGCUUGCGAUUGCUGAAUUUCUUAUUUAUGUAUGAUCCCAAGAAAAGGGCCACAGCAGAGGAAAGCCUUCACAGUAGUUAUUUUAAGGAACCACCAUUACCUUGCGAUCCAAAAUUGAUGCCGACCUUUCCACAACAUCGCAACCUACAACACAACUCUACAAAGCCUACUGUAAGCACCACCCAUCAGCUUGGGCUAUCAGUUCCUGAAUUACCGGCGGUUUCAGAUUUGCUCGGAAGUCUUUUAAAAAAAAGCCGCAUGGAAUAAACUACUUAUGAUUUUUUUUAUACAAUAAAAUAAAUAUGUGCAGUAGUGUGCCACAAGAUACUAAUAUAUUUAAAUUACAAA